AUUCACCUUAGAUGUCGCAAUAAUAUGCUGAUUGUUGAUGAAUCGGCCAGAAGGGGACGAACUUGCAAAAAUUCCACCACGAAACUUUUUUGACAUUUGACGUUUUGUGUUUUCUAAGAUGGCGACGAAAAAAACGCGUCUUUUGUGAAUGUAAUCACAACAAAUUAAAAUUAACGCGAUUAAAUGUGAAAAAAAUUGCAUGAAAAUAGUGAAAAACCAUACUUAAAAAAGUGCUAAACACUUUGUGUGUGAAAUAGUGUGCGAAAAUUUAGUGAAAAUGGCCACAAAUAUGUAUCGGGUUGGAGAUUAUGUCUAUGUCGAGACAAGUUCCAAUAGCCCAUUUUUAAUACGUCGUAUAGAAGAGUUAAAUAAAAAUCAAUCCGGCAAUGUGGAAGCGAAAGUUAUGUGCUUUUAUAGAAGGCGCGAUCUACCGAAUCCACUGGUGCAACUGGCCGAUAAACAUCAGCUGGCGACCGCUGAAGAUUCCCCACUGGCUACGAAGCUGAAGAAAACAUGGCUUAGAACACCAGUAGGCGAAGAGCAAGCCGCACAAGCAGUAUUAGAUCCUUCGAUAGCUGCGUUAGAUGAGGGGCUCAAUAGUCCUAUACACCAUGGGCCCGGUGGUGGUGGUGGGGCAUCCUCGGAAAAAGGUGAAUCACUUACGGCCAAACAACGCUAUCAGAUCAAACAUCGUGAAUUGUUCUUGUCACGCCAAGUCGAGGCACUGCCUGCCACACAGAUACGUGGCAAAUGUUCGGUUACAUUACUGAACGAGACGGAGUCCCUGCAAAGCUAUCUCAGUAAAGACGAUACAUUCUUCUACUGCUUGGUUUUCGAUCCUAACCAGAAGACGCUACUCGCUGACAAAGGCGAAAUUCGUGUUGGUAGUCGCUAUCAGAGCGAAAUUCCAGCGAAACUAAAAGAUGUUGCGAGUGAUGAGCGUAAAUUAGAGGAUCUCGAAACAUUGGUGUGGACGCCACAGCAUAGCCUAAACGAUCGUAAAAUCGAUCAGUUUUUGGUGGUGUCGCGUUCGAUAGGGACAUUCGCACGCGCACUAGACUGUAGCAGUUCGGUGAAGCAGCCGUCAUUGCACAUGUCGGCCGCAGCAGCCAGUCGUGACAUAACACUGUUUCAUGCCAUGGAUACGCUGCAUAAGCACAAAUACUCUGUUGAAGAGGCAAUGUGUUCGUUAGUUCCUUCCACUGGGCCAGUACUCUGCCGCGACGAAAUUGAAGAUUGGAGUGCCUCCGAGGCGAAUUUAUUCGAAGAGGCUUUGGAUAAAUAUGGCAAAGAUUUUAAUGACAUUCGACAGGAUUUUCUUCCUUGGAAAACUCUUAAACAGAUAAUUGAAUACUAUUACAUGUGGAAGACAACCGAUCGUUAUGUGCAACAGAAACGCGUGAAGGCUGUAGAGGCGGAGCUGAAGCUAAAGCAAGUGUACGUUCCGCAAUAUAAUCAAGUGAAUAAGAGCGGCAGUGGCAGUGUCUCAAUAAAAGGAGGUGCCAAUAUAUAUAACGGUACAACAAAUGGUGGUGCGGAUCUUUCCAACAAUGGCAAACCAUGUGAAUCUUGCUCAACUGUUAAAUCCUCACAGUGGUAUCCAUGGACUAAUAGUGGUCACGGCGCCUGUCGUCUCUGUCAAAACUGUUGGGACUAUUGGAAAAAGUACGGUGGUUUGAGAAAUGCCGGUAAACACGAAGUGGAUCAUGAGCCCAAAAAGAAAGCGGCUCCAGUCGUCGUUGAAGUGAUUGAUACCGAGAAAGUGAGCGAUUUGUCCAAUCGCCAAAUGCACAAAUGCCCUAUGGUUAAUUGUGAUAAAGAAUUCAAAUUGAAAACUCAUUUAGCGCGUCACUUCGAUCAGGCGCACGGCAUCGCUCUUAUGUCGGGCUCACCACGCCCCAUUAUGAAAACUCGCACCGCCUUUUAUCUGCACACGAACGCAAUGACGCGUCUGGCACGCGUGCUUUGUCGAAAUUACAUAAAACCCAAGAAGGCCGCGCGUCAAACAUCAUUCGCGAUUAAUACGCAGCUGGUGAAGCAAGAAUUUACAAAUCGAAUAAAUGACAAAACCGCCGCCGAUAUAAAGAAAAUUUUACUGAUGAAGAGGAAAAAGCGCGAACGCGGCAGCGUUACGAAAAUUGCAAAUCGUUUGGGCUGCCCUGGCGUUGGACCGCAUGAAUGGUUAGUGUUGACACCAAAGGAUAAAAUACCAAAACCCGAUGUGGUCUCAUUUCCCAAACCGCCAAAGGCACCCGAUGGCAGUUUAUUGUACGAUCGCGUGCCCAACAAGGUUUUAGAACUCGACAAAGAUCUAACCAUUAUCCCAGCUCCAGCGCCGGCAGUUGCAACUCCAAUAGCUGUUGCAGUAUUACCUGCGGCAGUACCUGCAAUUUCGCCUGCGUCCGUGCCAGUAACAAAGGCGGCAACAAUCAAUGCGGGAUCACCAGCACCUAAAGCGGCCGCAGAGCGCUCAAGAGCUCAAGUCAAAGAUUUGCCGCCAGUUGCUGGUGCACCGAAUAGUGGCGGUGGUUCUGCAGCAGCGCGACGUACUGAUUGUUGGCGCAAGCGUGGUCGCGAUCGGAACGAGGAAGCUGCGGAUGGUAAUGAGUGGAUGCUCUAUCCUGUAUAUCCGCCAACUAAGCGUCCGAAUAAGGAUCCCAUGCCUUCGCAUCGUCCAAGCAAUGAGCAAUUUGCAGCUAUGAUGGCUGCGGCUGGUCAUACCUUAACGAGACAUCAUCUAAACGGCAAACCGAAACUAGCACAAAUGGGACGCACUGGUAAUGGGCGUAAGCAGGUUAUAAGUUGGGUAGACGCACCAGAUGAUUAUUAUUUUAGAGCCACUGAUGGCAGCAAAAAAUGGCGCAAAACACUUUCACCUGCCGAUCUUCGACGAGUUGCACGCAAACCUUGGCGAGAACUACCAAUCAAAGCACAACAAAUUGCCCAGAUGGCACAUGUUGUAACGACACCAGCUGUGACGGUGAGCAGACAAAUCGAACCGCAAGUUGUAAUACUCGACUGACCGUCGUCGGUGGCAGCAAUAAAAACAAGCACAACAACAACUGGUGUAGCAACAACAACCGAAGUAACAACUACUGAAACAGCCACAACCGUAACAACGUCAUUAAGCCGCAAUGAGAAAUUUCUGCAGCAGCAGCAGCAGCAUCA